UCGUGGCACACUCCAAUCAACUGAUCAACUGUCCAGGCCUUAGCGUUCUGGUUGCGAAGUCUAAGAAAUCUGAUUGUACAAAUAGAAGGGUUCGCUCAAGUCAAGCUUGAUAACUUGUCCUCUCUAACGAAGCCCAAGUGACCCAAGUCCUUUCUUUUUCUCUCCUCUUCAAGACUGGUCAGACACAAGAGUGUUACCUAGCACAUCGUCACAAUGUCAGGUCUUGACGUUGAAGCUCUCCUCGAAUCAACCGCUGCAGGAACCCCGCAAGACUCCGCGCAGUCUCAGGACCGCGAUGACCGCUCAAAAGCCGAUAGCAGUGAACGCCGUGACCGCGAUCGCUCGCGGGAUCGAGAUCGCAGACGGCGCGACCGGAGCCGAGAACGUCGCCGAGAACGAGAUGCUGAUGGAGACGAAGACAUGAAGAGUCCGAGAAGCGAACACGGCAGUGCUAACGGGAGCCAUAGAAGCAGAAAGAGGAGCAGAAGCCGUGAAAGUGAACGCCGUCGGUCUCGCCGUGAUCGCUACGGCGAUGACUACCGCUCUUCUGAUCGGGAAGAGGAGCGACGCUCACGCCGUGAACGCAAGCGCAGCCUAAGCCGAGAGAAGUCCCCAGAGCUCAAUGAGGAUGAACGUGACAGGCGUACAAUUUUCGUUCAGCAGCUUGCGGCACGUCUAAGAACGAAGGAACUGAUUGCUUUCUUCGAAAAGGUUGGACCCGUUAAAGAAGCUCAGAUCGUCAAGGAUCGUGUGAGUGGAAGGUCUAAAGGUGUUGGCUAUGUCGAGUUCAAGAGCGAAGAAUCCGUCGCACCUGCUAUUCAGCUCACCGGACAGAAGCUUCUAGGAAUUCCAAUUAUCGCACAAUUGACGGAAGCGGAGAAGAACCGCCAGGCGCGUAAUCCAGAGGCCAGCAGUGGACAUAACCACGCUGCUCCAUUUCACAGGUUAUACGUGGGUAAUAUCCAUUUCAGUAUCACUGAAAAUGACCUCCAGAAUGUGUUUGAACCGUUCGGUGAACUCGAAUUUGUUCAACUGCAAAAGGAUGAAGCAGGUAGGAGCAAGGGUUACGGCUUUGUACAGUUCCGUGACCCCAACCAAGCCCGAGAGGCAUUGGAGAAGAUGAAUGGCUUUGACCUUGCUGGUCGUGCAAUCCGCGUUGGCCUUGGCAACGAUAAGUUCACCCCUGACUCGUCAGCGCAACGCUCGCAGAGCCAUGGUGCGAACCAACCAAAUUUCCAGGGCUCUUCGUUCUCCGGCCAGGGAGGACGUGGUAUCCAGGCUGGCGGUACUAGCAACUUCGACCGUGCCGGUGGCCGCGAAUCUGAAAAGGGAGCCGGCGCUAGUGCUCUGGAUGAUACAGACGUUGCCGGUGUGAACUUCAACAACUAUAGUAGGGACGCAUUGAUGAGGAAACUUGCAAGAACAGAUGAACCUGCCGAACCUGCUGCCGAUGAUAAGCAGAAGGUGCUCCGACCCAAGACAGAAACCAAGCCGUUGCCGGUCAAUGUCAACAUGGCAAGUCGAUGCGUUUUGCUUCGUAACAUGUUUGACCCUGCAGAAGAAGAGGGCGAGGCCUGGAUCAAGGAGCUGGAGGAUGACGUCCGCGCUGAGUGCGAAGACAAAUAUGGCCAUGUUGUUCACAUUGCACUAGAUCCGAACUCUCAAGGCGACAUUUACCUCAAGUUCGACAGAGUCCAAGGCGGCGAGAAUGCCAUCAAGGGUCUCAAUGGUCGAUUCUUUGGCGGUCGACAGAUCACCGCUCAGCCUGUCGUCGAUGCUGUAUACAGCAGUUUGUUCUCCCGCACAAAAGCAAUUUAGUGCAUGAGCAACUUCGUGGACACCUACCACACAUGCACGACAUGGUAGGUAUCUCAUCUAAUCAGCUUAUUAGGCGCGAUUCGUGACGGUUCAAAACCUUUUUUAUCCUUGCAAUUUGAUCUUCCUGCUGCGGCAUGGUGCUUGGGUAACGCUGGCCCUGGUAGGUGCCGAUCUUCUAACAUCUCGCUUUCGUGAUGUCAUAUGAGCCGGAAGGCUGUUGUGCAAUGAUUUGUUUAUAGGAACUUCGCAUCGUUUUAGCGCAGAUGAACUUCUUUGUACUUUGACCAUUCUUACCUGCUUCGCCAAACUGUAGAGCAACCGUUCCUGGUACCAGUCUCUUCAAGCCCAUUGAUAAGUAAACCAUGUUGCUUUUGUAGUGUACUCUUGAUGCCUGCAACACGGCCACGUAAGGUAUGUCAGGAUAUCAACCGGCUAUGUACGUACUUGGGAGCAAUGC